AUUAAAAAAAAAAAAAAAAAAAAAAGAAUACGGAAAACAUAAACAAGUGCAAAAGUGUGCAGCAGCAGCAGCUAAACGGAAAAAGUGUAAAAUUGUAAUUGGGCAAAAGAUAAUCUGCAUACCAAUUGUGAAAGAACAAGAACAGAAAAACUAGUUUGCAGCAGCGACGUCGACCGCACGAUAACAAGAACGACGCCAAGGUAGUUAACGAGCUGACAAGGGGAGUCCAGUGGCCAGACAGGCAGGCGGGAAAGAGAUAGCUGCAAUCUAGCUAAUAAGUGCGACUGCAAACGCAAGCGUGUGGAACCAGUUCUGUGCUAACGGCAGGCACUAUGCAAACGAACUAAACAACAGCACCAGCAGCAGUAACAACAACAACAAUAAGCGUAGCAGCAUCAACAAGUUAAAUCAGGAUGAACGUAAAAUGGUUGCUGGCAGCAUUGCUGCUGUUUACGCCCGCCAGAAGCGGGAUCAGCACUGCCAUCAUCAGCAGCAGCAGCAGCAUCAUCAGCACUGGCAGCAGCAGCAAUGCCCCGCCCGAAAUCAUUUUCCGUCAGUGCGAACCCAUCCGGAUCGAGAUGUGUCGCGGCAUUGGCUACAAUGAAACAUCGAUGCCCAAUCUAGUCGGUCAUGAGCUGCAAACGGAUGUGGAGUAUACGCUGCAAACAUUUGCGCCGCUCAUCGAGUACGAUUGCAGCUCCCAACUAAAGCUCUUUCUGUGCGCCGCCUAUGUGCCCAUGUGCACGCCCAAAGCGCCCGUGCAUUCGAUUGGUCCAUGCCGCAGCCUGUGCGAAUCUGUGCGCAUUCGCUGUCAUCCAGUGCUGCAGGGUUUCGGCUUCCCGUGGCCACCGGCGCUCGACUGUGAGCGUUUUCCGCGCGAAAACAAUCACGAGACCAUGUGCAUGGAGGGUCCCGGCGAAACGCAACUCACAUUGCAAGAUCACGAGCUCUAUGGCCAGCAGCUGCCUGGUCUUAAGAUGGGCGCACCGCUGCCGCUCGACUGCUCGGCGCUGGCCAAAUCCCAUCUUUACGUGAAACUGCAUCGCUCCGGACGUUGUGCGCCGCUCUGCGAGGCAGACAUUCUGUUCACCCCUAGCGAGAAGCAUCUAUCCGAAAUCUGGGUAUCCACCUGGGCGUAUGCCGGCUUGGGGCUCGCCUGCGUUGCUACGCUAUGCCUGCUCCUACUGGGCGGUGAUAAUCGUGGGCGUUGCGCCGCCGGCAGCGCUGCCAAUGGCAACGCGGCCGCCAAGUGGUCGCGUCUGCUAUCGCCGCUGCUCUGGUGCCACAACAUGGUCACCAUUGGCUGGACGGUGCGUUUCAUUGUCGGACGCACGGGCACCGCCUGCGGCACAGAUCCUCAGGCGCCCAACGAAUCAAUACUCAGCGUCGAUGGCCUGUCCAAUGCGGCCUGUGCCAGCGUCUUUCUGCUGCGCUACUAUUUUGGGAUGGCCGCCUGCGCCUGGUGGGCCAUUCUAUGCCUCGGCUGGCAUCGGGACAUACGCCGCAACAGCCCCGAUACCAAGGGACACAUAGCGCUGCCCGCAGCCAAGCGACAGGGAGCCAGCAGCCAUAGCAGCGCUCAGCAGGAUUUGGCGCAGAAUAAUUUCGUUUGUUUCGUGGCCUGGGGAUUGCCGGCAUUCCAGACGGCGGCGGUGAUUGUGAUGCGACUCGUUGAUGCCGAUGAGCUGUUGGGCGCUUGCUUUGUGGGCAAUCAGUCGGACAAGGCGCUGCAGGUGCUGGUUGCCACGCCUGUCUUCUGCUAUUGGAUCUUUGGCUCAAUGAAUCUAAUCUCUGGCUAUUUGGUGCACUGUCGCAACAAGGAGAUACUGCGCAACAGCAACGCACUAAGCCUGCAACAGCAGCUGCAGCUGGGCGUGCACAACAGCUCCGGCAUUGGCAUCUUUCUGUUCAUCUAUGGCACCGCCUGUGCCCUGCUGCUGCUCGCUGUGAUCUAUGAGUUUGCCAACAUCGAUGUGUGGCUAAGUCAGAGGGAGACGAACACUCCGCUCUGGCCAUAUCUAACGCGUGCUUUCAUGGAGCUAAUGCUGGGCAUUUGCUGUUUCGCCUGGGUACUGGGACCCAGCAUAUCCAGCCUCUACAAGCGGCAGCUAUCCAUGCGACCGCUCAAGCAGUCGGCCGAUCGCCAUCCACAUCAACAACAGCAGCAGCACCAACAACAACAGCCACAGCCGUCGCAUCUUCAUCAACAUCAUCACCAUCAUCACCAUCAUCUGCAACAACAGCAACAGCAGCUGCAACAACAGCAACAACAGCUAGAUGGUCAGAGCAGCUCGCGUGGCUCGCACAUAGCAUGCAGCAGCACCGUUGUCUCCUAUCACUCGGUGCGUCCCUCGCAUCAGUCAAUGGUCAGUGCACCGCCAUUGAUUAGCAGCCCCUACAAGCACAAGGCACAGCAAACGGGCGCCGGCUCCAUAUCGCUUAACCAAAUGUCCAAUUAUUCGCUGGGCCGCAGCACCCAGCAGACGCCGCAUGCCCAUUCGACGCAGCGUCUCUACUAUGCACCAUCGAAGCAUGUUCACGGUCAUCAUCACCAUGGCAACUAUACGCAUUAUCCGCAGCUGCAGCGAUAUGGCAACGAGACGUUGCUCUGAGCCAUAUUCGUCUCUGCUUUUGCCAUGAGUUCUUCAAGUCUGAUGCCGCACGUUAGUAAAAUGUGGCUAUAACAACGCAACGUUCCUGUCAAGGUCAGCAUAGAUUCGGCCUAGUUUAGCUAUUGAACUUGCAUUUAAGCAAUCUAAGCAAAUCUAUAUUUAUGCACAAUUUGUUAACUUAAUUUAGGCAAUGAGUUUUGUACAGGUUUUUUGUGCCUUAGAGAGAUGUCAGAGAGAGAGGGAGAGAGUUUUAACUGCAACUCGCUGCUUGUGAAGAUAUAUAAAAUUGUAUAGUAGAACUCUUUAGCAAUGAAGUGGAACUUUUAAUAUUUGUUGAGUGUUCUCCUUAUACUAUUUAUAAUCUAGUUUUAAAGUGCAAUCGGAUGCAAUCACUUAAACUACAC